AUGAGAUGCCCGAUCGUUUUGCGCAACAGUAAAUUUUCGUCGAAAGCCUUCGGCGCCGAAGCGCGGCCUUUUGACGAGAUACCCGGUCCCAGGGGUUUUCCCUUUUUGGGCACGCUCCUCGACUACCUGCCGAUCAUCGGCAAGUACGACCCGAAAAAACUGCGCGAAAUGGGGGCGGCCAAGUACGCCGAGUACGGGCCGGUGGUGCGCGAGGAGAUCAAGCCCGGAGAGCCGAUCGUCUACGUUUACCGCCCCGAGGACAUCGCCGAGGUGUACAAGGCCGACGGCGGCUGGCACCCCGAGAGACGCAGCCACCUCGCCUUGCUCAAGUACCGCGAGGAUCGCCGCGGCGUCUACAACACCGGUGGACUCCUACCCACAAAUGGCCCCGACUGGUGGAGGCUGCGCAAGGAGUUCCAGAAGGCCCUCAGCAAGCCGCAGCUCGUCAAGUACCUGCCGGACGCCGAUGGCGCGACCGCCAAAUUCGCGCGGCUUUGCGAGCUCAACGAGUUCCAAGACCUCACGCCCCUGCUGUCCCGGUUGUUUUUGCGGAACAUCUGCUCGGUGGCAUUCGACUUGGAGAUCGAUGUUUACUCGGAGGAGGAGAUGCGGCCGGGUUCGUUGAGCUCGAAACUGAUUGACGCAGCUUUCGACUCGAACAACGUGAUAUAUGACCUGGACAACGGCCCGAAAAUUUGGCGGUACUUCGACACGCCGAAGUACAGGCGGUUCUGCGAGGCUCAGUCCUGCAUGGAGAAGGUAGCGGUACAAAUGGUUUCGGAAAAAAUCGGCAAAUUGAGACACACCGGCGGAGACGCGGCGUCGCGGGGAAAGGAGUCCCUGCUGGACACUUACUUGCAGAACCCAGCUCUGGACCACAAGGACGUUAUCGGUAUGGCGUGCGAUAUGCUAUUAGCUGGGAUAGACACAACAACCUACGCUUCGGCUUUCGCGCUCUAUCAUUUGUCGAACAAUCCUCGAGUACAAGAAAAGCUCCACGUAGAGGCGUCAAAGUUAAUUGCGAAUGAGAAUGACGCCAUCACCGAGGAUACUCUGAGGGAGGCUUAUUACACCAAAGCAGUGAUCAAGGAGACAUUCAGGAUCAAUCCGAUUUCCUUAGGAGUAGGACGGAUACUGCACACAGACGUGGUUCUCAAUGGCUAUCAUGUUCCCAAGGGGACAUACGUUGUCACGCACAACGAAAUUUCCUGCAGGUCGUCGGAAUAUUUCGACAAUCCAAACAGUUUCAUUCCCGAACGGUGGCACAGGGACGCAGAUGGGAGCAAAAAACAAGAUUCGAUUCACCCGUAUCUCGUGGUUCCUUUUGGCCACGGGUCUCGCUCUUGCAUUGCUCGACGAUUGGCGGAGCAGAGCAUGCAAACCCUACUGCUCAGAAUGUGUCGUAAUUUGAAAUUCCACUGGGAAGGCGGGGAUCUUGACAUAAUUUCGACACCCAUUAAUAAACCAAAUGUUCCAAUGAAAUUGAAAUUUUGCAGCCGCACGUGA